CACUUUGUUUCGUACCGCGACUGUAACGUUCAACGUUCUGAAUCAGCCGCGACUUCUACUUAUUCCAGUCAAGAUGGUCACUGCCGAUAACCUCAACUUAGACGUUCUGGAGAUGAUAUUUUCUCACCUUCCGCAUCAAGAUCUUGCUUCAACCGCCGUUGUUAGUCGAUCCUUUUUCGCGGGUAUCAUUCCACGGUUGUAUCGCGAUAUCACCUACGGCCUCAAACACGGCAAGAAGUAUCCUCGCGUGGCAUCCCCGUUCGGGGUGAUAGUGGCGCACCCAUGGUUGGCGAAAUACGUGAAGCAUAUCGACAUCCGUUUCGUGCCAAAAAUUCAAACAAACUUUUCUCAGUUUCAUUCAAAGUUUCUUUCAGAGUGCACGCAAACGGUGCAGGUCGCUCAGAAUCUGUUGACAUUCAAAUGCACAAAACCUAUUUUACCUCUCUUUCUCCUUCCACUUCGGGGCAAAAGAGCACUAGAGGAACUUCGAGUGAAUGCGAAUAUCACCACCACACAAUCAAAUCUGUUGUCAGAGCUCCCAAACCUCAGCCGUCUCUCUCUUGAUGCUGGAUCCUGGAAUGCUGCAGACAUGUUGCCUAGAUGGGCCCCCAGGUUGCGUUCCACGUUAAAACACCUGACUCUAUAUAUGUCAACCGAAGUCAAUGAAACCGUUUUGGAGCAGCUUCUACCGCAACUCCCGAGAUUGGUCGGGUUACAUAUCAUCGGAUGUCCGAAGGUCGAUCACAUUGUCGUAAUGCGCCUAGUCUCUCACGUUCCUCAGCUCGAAAGUCUAUCCUUCAGUGCAACGGAAUCUUCCAAACCAUUCAAUUCUCCUCCUCCUUACCUUAACCAUUUGAAGCAUUUGAGUAUUGACACACGCCUCUCCAUGAUUGCAUCUCCAACGCCAGAAGUCCUGUCCUCCAUCCUAGACCAUUUAAGACCGUCCCACCCACCACUCGAAUCCUUCGUCAUGAGACUUCAGGACAUCAAGAUUAUUAUCGGACAUUCUUUUAUUGAACAACUCGUCAAGGAUUAUGCCUUCACGCUAGCACAAGUGUCAUUUGUUGAGUGUGCGUUGGAGAUGGAAUCUGUUAUACAACUCUGUCACAGGUGUCCACACCUCGAAAGACUUGAAUUGCCCAUCCCGCUGAAAGAACUCAUUUCAUUUACCGCUGCCGUUGGGCGCUCCUCCACCAUACGCACUAUCGUUAAUUCCAACAGGCAUACUGGCCAUGGACCUCACCAAACCCUUGAUGCUCGCAACGUCAGGUACCUGAUGUCAAACGUUCGCCAAUUGGACAAAAUCAUUAGUGACAAGAGGAUUUGGAUGGGAAAACACGUCGACAAUGUGCUGAAGGUGACCUUUGAAAGUUCUGAGCAAGAGCCAUCCGGAUCGUAUUGGUUUCUACCUCGUCCUCUUGAUUGA